GGAAGAGGAAGUUUACAAAGCGUACCGGUGCAAAUUUGACUUAAUUUUGUAUUGAAAUCAGAUUAAUUACAACUAUAAAGAGUGAGAUCCUGGCGUCAAAAAAAAAAAGAAAUUAGAUUAGCUUAACAAAUAAAAAUGGUGCAUUUACCUACAUUCACAGCAAGGCAUUUAUUAACAACUGCAAAAUAUUACACCUUUCGACGUAGCAUUUCCGCGCUAUACAUAACCGGAGACAAGGCAAAAAAGAAUUAUGCUCCUCUUCAGCCAUACAUGGAUUUCGAAGGAACGCUUAACAGUUUAGCUUCCCUGGAGGAUAGUAUAAAAGCGCGAGGAUUGCAAAUAAACCUCAAUGAAAUAAAAGCAAAAUAUGAAAAAUAUAAUAGCUUGCAGAGUCAAAUAAAGCAAGUAGAGGCUGAGCGAGAUUCAGUGUCCAAUAAACUAAGAGAGAUUACUAAAGCGGGUGCUGCAAGAAAAGACGAAAUCGAGAAGCUAAAACAGAGUGGUGUGGAACUCAGAAAUCAUUUAAAAACACUUAAAACACAAAGCUACCCCAUUGAAGAAGACUUCGUACAUUCAUUCUUAAGUUUGCCAAAUACUUUGCAUCCGGAAUGUCCCCAAAACAAUUUUGCAAAAUUGCUUUACCGCAGCCCUACAGCACGUUGUGAGGAGCAACAGCCCACACAUUUGGCUAAAAAAGACUUAAUACGUUUUAUAAAAAAUGAUCGCUAUUACCUGCUAGGGACACCGGCGGAAUUCGAUGUAUAUAGCAUGCAAGCUUUAACCAAUUACUUUGUAGAGAAAGGUGGUUUCAUGCAAAUGUCAAAUCCGGACUUUGUACGUCUGGUACUACUGGAAGCAAGUGCAACACCACUAGAGCACUACCACUUAGUACAAGAGGAGGAUAAACCGAGCGAAAUUAAUCGCGCAUUUCUUACAGGUGGCGCAACAUUUGAAGGAUUCCUAGGAGCCUUUGCACGUUUAGUGGUUUAUCCAACGUCUUUGCCAUUACCGUGCGUAGCGGCUGGUAGAAGUUACGAAAUUGUGCCCAAUACCAGCGGAUUACCGGAUAGCCUUUUUACUGCCACACAAUCAAAUGCUGUACAAACGUUUGUAGCUACACGAACAGCUGAGGAAGCUUAUGAGCAGAUGGAGAAGAUAUUAAAUUUAGCUGUAGAUUUUUACAAAGAACUUCGUAUCCAUUUUCGCAUAACCUAUGCAGACGCCAGUACGUUGACGAACGCAGAAUGUUUACGUGCUAAUAUUGAAAUGUAUUCGCCAGCAGAACAGCGUUACAUUUGUGUUGGACGAGUUAGCAAUUAUAGUGAUUAUGUUUCCAAGCGGAUAAUGUUUUGCAUUCGUGGAAAAAAUAACUACAUUUUUCCACAUUUGGUUGGUGGACCAGUGCUGUAUACCACCCGCUUAAUAGCUCUGCUGAUAGAAAAUGGACUGAAAUUGGAAGACUGUAAGCUACUCGGUGAUCGAGAAGUCCGAGAUGAAGAAGGUGCUACAGGCUUAAAUGAGUUUAAAGAUUUAUUCAAAUAACAUAACUUUAAGUUUAAUAUGAAGAUAGUUUGAAAUUUUUGCGCUGUCGUACUCAUCUCUGCACAAAUUUAUCUAACAAGUGAACUAUUCACACAGUCUUCCUCGUAGCAGCAGCAGCAGGUUCUGGCUAAAAAUGGCAAAAACUACAGUCUUUUAAAAAGUAUACCAGAACUUCGA